AUGUGGGCAGACUUCACGGAUCUGAACAAGACAUGCCCCAAGGACGAUUAUCCUCUACCUAAAAUAGAUCGUUUGGUAGAUUCCACAGCAGGCCACGCUCUAUUGAGUUUCUUGGAUGCUAACGCUGGCUACAGCCAGAUCCCCUUGGCCACAGAAGACCAGCCACAUACGGCCUUCAUUAUGAAUGCUGGAGUAUAUUGCUACAAAGUUAUUCCCUUUGGGCUAAAGAAUGCUGGAGCUACUUACCAGAGAAUGAUCAAUAAGGCGUCACAGCAUGCUGAGGAUUUAAGCGAGACGUUCAUAACCCUCCGAAAACACCAAAUGCGACUCAAUCCUGAAAAGUGCGUGUUUGGAGUCACCGGGGGGAAGUGCCUCGGCUUCUUUGUUGACGAAAGAGGAAUAGAAGCAAACCCUGAGAAGAUACAGGCCAUCCAGGACAUGAAGUCCUCGGGAUCCGUAAAAGAAGUUCAAAAGAUAACGGGAUGCAUAGCUGCCUUGAGGAGAUUUCUAUCAAAGUCCGCGGACAGAUGCUCGCCCUUCUUCAAAACCCUCAAACAAAGUAAGUUCGAAUGGACAAGAGAAGCCGAAGAAUCCUUCCAGCAAUUGAAAGAGCACUUGUCAUCUUUGCCGAAACUAGUUUCGCCAUUCAACGGGGAAAAGCUGGUCUUAUAUGUCUCGGUCUCCAAAUACUCCUUAUCAGAAGUACUGAUCGCCGAAAGAGAAAAAAAAGCGAUUCCCCGUAUACUACCCCAAGCCUUGGCUGACUUCAUCGCCGAAAGCACUAUCCCCCAACAUCCCGAACCUAAUCAAGAAUGGAGGUUGUACGUGGAUGGAUCCUCGACACAAUCAGCAAGCGGAGCUGGGCUAUUGAUCGUGUCUUCUGCCGGGGUCCGUACGGAAAGAGCGGUCAGAUUCGAAUUCGCGGCCUCUAACAAUGAGGCAGAAUACGAAGCAUUACUCAUGGGGCUCAAAAUCUGCUAUGAGGUAGGGGCUAAAGUAUUAUCCACUUCCUCCGAUUCUCAACUAAUAGUCGGACAAGUGAAUGGGGAAUUCGAAGCCAAAGAUGACAGUAUGAAGAUGUACUUACAAAAAGUAAGAGAAUUUGUCAAGAAAUUCGACAAAUUCACAUUGAUCCACAUCCCAAGAUCUCAAAACGCACAGGCCGAUUCCCUGGCAAAACUCGCCAGCUCAGCUGAAACAUCCGCGGCUCGCGAUAUUAUCUGGGAAGUUCUUCCAAACCCCAGAAACUACAUCCUUCGCGAAAUACAUGAAGGCGGAUGCGGCAUAAAUCAAGGAGUACGAACUGUCAUUGGCAAAGUUCUCAGAAGCGGAUAUUAUUGCCCCUCUCUCAGGAAAGAUGCGGAAACCUUGGUCAAGCGAUGUUCCGAAUGCCAAUACCACUCAAAGAUAGGAAGGAAACCCUCUAACUACCUGUCCGUCAUGCAAGCCGUCUUGCCGUUCGAUAAAUGGGGUAUGGAUCUCCUUGGCCCCUUCCCACCUACAAAGGGGCAACGCAAAUUCAUUAUAGUGGCCAUUGAUUAUUUCACCAAGUACAUGGAAGCAGAGCCCCUCAGCUCCAUCACGGACAAACAAGUCUAUCAAUUCAUAUGGCGAAAUAUCAUCACAAGAUACGGCAUUCCUCGUGUGAUCAUUACCGACAAUGGGAGACAAUUUGUCAGUAAGAACACAAUACAAUACUGUGACAGAUUUGACAUUCAAAUCCGAUUCAGUUCCGUAUCUCGCCCGCAAACAAAUGGGAAAGUUGAAUCAGCAAACAAGGAGAUCCUAAAUGGCAUCAAAAAGAAAAUAGAGGGGGUUAAAGGUACUUGGGACGAAGAACUACCCGACAUCCUAUGGGAAAGCCGAACAACCGUCAAAGAAGCAACAGGGUAUACCCCAUUCUCUGUGGUAUAUGGGUCCGAAGCCGUGCUUCCAGUAGAGAUAGGCAUACCCUCCACAAGGGUUACCUACUACUCACACGACGAGAAUGAACAAGGGAAAAGGGAGAACUUAGAUUUGCUUCAAGAAACACGGGGGAAUGCAUUGUUAAGAUCCGUGGCCCAAAAACAGAAGAUGAUUCGCAGCUUCAACCGACUCGUCAAAACUAAACACAUUCAAGUUGGCGACUUCGUCCUACGUAAAGUGGAGGCCACGGGGAAAUUCGUAGAUAAAGGGAAACUCGGAGCCAACUAG